GAUCGAUAAUCUUCUUCUUGUAGCUCUACUCUAGUGAGAGAGUAGCUCAUCCCAAGUCAGCAGGUUUAUUCUCUUCGUGGUGCAGAAGAAGAAGAACUACCUCCAUGGGUAUGUCCUCCUGCACACCAGGUGUUUGACGAAAUCUCUGAACCACCAAAGAAUCUUGUUGUUUAUAAUAAUUAUUUGAUGAGUUCUUUAAGUACAGUAGGUUUUGCUUUGAGUCUUGUUUUUGGGUUCCUCUUUUUAGCCCUCAUAGCUGAACUUUACUACUUGUUAUGGUGGAAGAAGAGAAUUAUAAACAGUGUGGAUGUUAAAUUAGAUGAUUGCAUUAAUAAUAAUAAUAAUAGCCCAAGAAGAAGAAGAGAUGGGGAGUUGAUGUACAUGUCCUCCUCCUGUUGGACAAAACCUUCAUUUCUGGUAUCUAAAGCCCUUGACCCCCAAAGACUUUGUUCUUCAGCCAUAAUGGCAGAUACCCAAGUUUAUGAACCUCAAUCUCUAUCUUAUCCCAACCAAAACAACAUUUGGUUCAGAGAAGAAGACGACGAUGAUGAUGAUGAAGAUGAUCAGCAUAGUACCCUCUCUGUUCCACCAAGGUUUCUCUUCACCAUUGUAGAGGAGACAAAGGAGGAUUUAGAAUCAGAAGAUGGAGGUUCAUUAAGUAGAAGAUUCAGUGAUUUGGUUUUGACAAUUGAAACUACUCCUCCAUAUCUGACCCCUCUCGCAUCACCAACAGCUUACUUCACUCCUCCUCUAACCCCAUUAUCCUCAAAUAAUGGGUUCAAUCCUCUGUUUGAGUCAUCAAAUGAUGUUGAAAUCAGGAGAAUCAAGUCUUCUCCACCCCCAAAAUUCAACUUCUUGAAAGAUGCUGAGGAAAAACUUUUUAGAACACAGAUAAGGAGAGAAGAAGAAGAUAUGGGUAUUGGUUCUUCAUCAUCAGAUCCUUCACUGUUUCUUAAGGAUCAUGAGGAAAUUAAUAGGUGUUUUAUUUCAUCACUUGUUGUGAGCCGUCGAGUUCAAUUCCAUGGUUCAUCCUCCCAGGUGCUUCCUGUGUAACAACUGCAAACAAACCCAGUUUGGUCGAUCUCAUUGUUUCUCUUUAAACUUGUUUUUUUUUUUAAUGAUUUAAAAAAAUCUGUGUGUAUAAACUUUAUCACCGCAUGCUAUAGGUGGUCGUGAGACCUCCAAGUCUUCCCCCCACCUUGUUUUGUCUUUUUCUUUUUCCACAUUUCUUUUUGUCAUUUUGCCCCUUAACUGUACGUCCCGCACCAGUUUCAUCCCUAAAGAAGUUGACUACAU